CUGUGGCACUGCAUCGUCACAACCGCCGGAGCUCCAUCCUUCUUCCAUCCAUCUUUUCUCCUCACAACAAUCUGCCAACCAAACAAACCACCACUACUACCAGACCCCUAUCCCAUCUUCAUCUAAUUCGCAACCGCAAAGAUGGGUGGUGAUCUCAACCUAAAGAAAUCAUGGCACCCCUCCCUCCUCCGCAACCAGGAGCGCGUCUGGGCGGAAGAGAAACGCGCCCUCGAGGAGCGCAAACGCAUCGAUCAGCUGCGGCGCGAGCGGGACGAAGAGCGCCAGAUCCAGGAACUCCAGCGGCUGCAGGAGGACUCGGGCGCCCCGCGCCAGAUCCAGCGCGUCGACUGGAUGUACCAGGAGCCGUCGAGCGCCACGGGCCACUACUCCGAGGAGAUGGAAGGGUACCUCUUGGGCAAGCGGCGGUUCGAUCAGAUUCUGCUGAAGAACGAUGAGAGUCAGGCGCUGAAGAAGGGGGCCGCCGGGGUGGGCGCGGUCGCGGUCGCGGGUGCGGGGGACGGUGGUGCCGCGGGCGCGGCUGCAGGGACGAAUCCCCGGGAUACGAUGGCGAAGGUUCUGGCGGAUCCGUUGUUGGAGAUUCGGAAGAGGGAGCAGGCGGCUUUGGAGAGUGCGAUUAAGGAGGGGGUGAGGAGGGGGGAGAGGAGGCAGCGGCGGGAGGGGAGUAGGGACAGGGACAGGGAGAGGGAUCAUCGGGGUAGUAGGAGGAGUAGGAGGUAUAGCGAUGAGGGGGAUAGGAGGUCGCACCGGGAGAGGGAGAGGGGCGACCGGAGUUAUCAUCAUCGCCGAGAGGAUCGGGAUCGGAGGGAGGACAGGGAUCGCAGAGAUCGCGACUACGACAGAAGAGACCCGGACCGCGAUCGCGGCGACAGAGACGGCAGCGAGAGAGAGUACUCCAGCAGGCAUCACCGUGACCGAGAGGACCGUUACGACCGUUCUUCUCGUCGGGAUGCGCCCCGUGAUCGAUCGCCGUCACCCCGACCUGAUCGCCAUCGCUCAGACAGACGCCGUUCUGAUGACCGGGGAGAUGGUGCUCGUCAGGACGUCCGUGACCGCGAUCGACGAGAGAGAUCCGAUCGCUUCUUUGACAGAAGGGACUACAGAGGACCGAGGGACUCGUACAAUCGUGACCGGAACCUGCAGGAUGGCAAAAACAACAACAACAACAACAACAACAACAACACGGAGCAGGGAGCCAAGGAUUUGGAGCAAGAACGUCAGCGCAAACUGGCAGAGAUGCUUUCCAACGCAGACGAGAUGGAGGAAACCCGUCGUCAGCGUAUUGCAGAGGUUACCGCUGCGGAACAGAAGCAGCUCGAGGAGGACGAGAAGCAUCGCUCUGAGAAAGGCCGUUUUGUGUCGGGUCUUCAUCGCCAACUCCAGGAAGACAAUCUGGAUGACCGCCUCAAACGUAGUCGUGGUGGACUUGCUCGGUUGGAUGAUGAUGAGUGAGCAUUCUCGUUAGGUGCAGCGCUCUACUACUACCACUACUACCACUACUAUGUUUUAAUCCAAUGGUCCCCGGCGUCUUUGGUGCAUUGCAAUCGAUGGUUGGCGCAAUAAUGACAAUCUUGCAAACUAGUGUCCAUACACCUCAAUUCUGCUAGAGGCAGGCAGAUUGGGUAGGAAGUGUGUAUGAUAUACAAUAAAAAUUGU